AUGCACACAACCACAACCGCUGCCUCAGCUGUAGAGUUAAAAGUAUGGGUUCAAACAGAAGGACGCGAUGUAAUGUGUCUGCUCUAUGAACCUCAUACUACAAUAAUCGAGGAUUUGAAGCGAACGGUAUUUGGAAAUAAUCGUGACAAAUACCAAGCUUUUCUUCUUCAACAAUAUUUACGGCCAGAUACUCUUGUUCCAGCUGACACGUCUGCUGCUGAACCAAUCAAAUUUAAAUUCAUCGUACAACAUCCUAACACUGAAACAAACAACGAUGCCGAUGAUAUUGCUGAUGCCGGUAUUAUAAUGGAUCCACCUGACGAAAGCAGAAGCAGAACAAUGUCCAGUAAUCGUCAGGUGGUAUCCAAAUUUAAUAAAUUUAUGAGUAAGAGCAAAUCAAAUUGUAAGUAA